AUGAAGCUUUCCUUUUCUCUUGCUAUACUCGUCGCUACAAUUGCUACUGUUGUCUCUGCUGACAGCAUUGAUGACAAGCCCAACAAAUGGUGUAUGAUCAAAGGUGGUAAAUGUGGUGAAGGCAUAAAAAAAUGCUGCCCUGGUCGUGUUUGUCUCCCCUCUCAAAAAGAAUCUGACCCUGCUGGCACUACAAGAUGUUAUAUUGGUGAAGAGGAAGAAGAUCAGUAA